UACUUGGGCCAAUGUCGGAACCGAGGGCGAGGGGAAUGGCUUUGUUUACCUUCGACCGACACGGUCUCCCCCGCGGGUUUGGAGAUGUGCCGCCAACUGGGCCCGUCCACCUUCUGCAAUAUUUUGGAGGGGGUGACUCGAUAGUGAGGAAACCACGUUCAUCCCUAAAUCAAAGAUCUUGGCUCAUUCCCGGCAUCACUUUCUAAAAAAGACUUUGAGAGAGAAAUGACGCGGGUUCGAGCCGCCGCGGACGGUUCAGGGCGAUUCUGCGAUCCAGAGCGAUCCCCCACUCUCCUUAGGGGCCCGUUGGUUCGUGCCGGCGCCUUUUAAGGGCACCGUGGGGCGAACGGAGCGCUCAGAGCUGCUCUGGCCGCGGCCCUGGGAGCUGGAGGAGCCGCGACUCAGCAGGCAUGACUGGAGAGGGAAGUCCCAAUGGUGCUAGAAUGGUGCUGCAGUGGCAGAAGACGGCUCACGAGUGAGGUCUGGAAGAACGACAGGGAAGACAUCCAUCAUUUGCUCCAAAGUGUGCAAGUCAAAUCCUGGGGAGAAUCAUGAUAACCCUGAUCACUGAGCAGCUACAGAAGCAGACUCUGGAUGAGCUGAAAUGCACACGCUUCAGCAUCAGUCUGCCUCUGCCUGAUCAUGCAGACAUCUCCAACUGUGGGAACCCUUUCCAGCUUGUGUCUGAAGGUGCUUCCUGGAGGGGCCUGCCCCACUGUUCCUGUGCCGAGUUCCAGGACAGCCUCAACCUCAGCUACCACCCCUCAGGCUUGAGCCUGCACCUCAGACCACCCAGCCCGGGAAGCUCCCCACAGGAGCAGCCCCUCUCCCAAGUCCUAAGCCCUGAGCCCCCAGACCCAGAGAAGCUUCCUGUGCCCCCUGCCCCUCCAUCCAAGAGGCACUGCCGCUCACUCUCAGUGCCCGUGGACCUGUCUCGCUGGCAGCCGGUGUGGCGGCCUGCCCCCUCCAAGCUGUGGACUCCCAUCAAGCACCGGGGCAGUGGUGGAGGGGGUGGGCCGCAGGUGCCUCACCAGAGCCCCCCAAAGCGGGUCUCCAGCCUCAGGUUCCUCCAAGCUCCCAGUGCCUCUUCUCAAUGUGCCCCAGCCCACAGACCCUACAGUCCUCCUUUCUUCAGCCUGGCCCUGGCCCAAGAUUCCUCUCGACCCUGUGCCACCUCCCCGCAAAGUGGCUCCUGGGAGAGUGAUGCUGAGUCCCUGUCACCUUGCCCGCCCCAGCGCCGCUUCUCUUUGUCACCCAGCCUGGGCCCACAGGCAAACCGCUUCUUGCCCUCUGCCCGGAGCUCCCCUGCAUCCUCCCCAGAGCUGCCCUGGCGACCUCGAGGCCUCCGCAAUCUUCCCCGAAGCCGCUCACAACCCUGUGAUCUGGAUGCCCGCAAAGCUGGAGUCAAGCGGCGCCACGAGGAAGACCCCCGGCGGCUGCGGCCUUCUUUGGACUUUGACAAGAUGAAUCAGAAACCAUACUCAGGAGGUCUCUGUCUCCAAGAAGCAGCCCGGGAAGGCAGCAGCAUCUCUCCACCGUGGUUCAUGGCCUGUAGCCCCCCACCCCUCUCUGCUUCCUGCAGCCCCAUUGGGGGUUCCUCCCAGGUGCUGAGUGAAAGCGAAGAGGAGGAGGAGGAGGGGGCCGUGCGGUGGGGGCGGCAGGCACUGAGCAAGCGGACACUGUGCCAGCAGGACUUUGGGGACCUGGACUUGAAUCUAAUUGAGGAGAACUAAAACUGAGAGGCUACUUCCUGGGGCCACACAGACUGACUCUCUAUGGCUACUAACAAGUGUCGAGGCCCCAAGGCCAGGGGCCCAGCCUGGGAAUGGGGGUGAGUGGAGGGCUCCGACUCAGGGCAGCCGGAAAUCUUCUCGCUCCAGGAAGCUCGACCAUGCCAAGAGACUGGCCGGGACAAGAUAAACGGAGCUGGUGGCGGGAGGGACAGCCCCAGAGCAGACCCUUCCCAUGGCGGCCCUGAGUGUGAGUAUCCCUGCCACUGAGAAAGCAAUGGGCAGGGAAGGAAGGGGUCUGUUGACCCCAGCUCGGGGAAUUUCACUAGCCCCUUUGCUUCAAAAGGGCACUUGUGUCUUAGAAUUUGGCCAGGGUGGGGGGUUCAUUCAGCCUCCUUGGAGAAAAUGUGUGAGAGUGUGUGUGUGCGCGUGGGAAUGUACUUGGGGAAAGGUGUGUUUGUGUAGCCUUAGGGAAGGAAGGCAGUUGCUCCUUAAUGGCAGAGCGUCAUGAUACCCCCAGGAUCUUGAAUUUUCACAGGAUAGCAGGCUUAUUCAAGGAGUCAAGAGGAGGGCACCAAGUUUUUCUUUUUUCUGAGUAGCUCUGGAACCAGGCUUGUAAUCCAUAAGCACCACUGGCUCUGCAGAGGAUUCUCUUUGGGGUAUGGCAGGGUCUUUUAAGUGCUGUGACCCUAGCUAAUGGUCUUUUUCUUAGGCCCAUUCCCUCCCCUAGGUAGAUCUAAUAUUAGGACUGGAGAGGGCUCUUUACAUUGAUUCUGAGCUGGUCUUUUUUUCUUAUCAGAUUGCCUAGGCUGUAUACAACCUGCCUUUGUGUCUAAGUAGAUGUAAGUGCAUGUGGGCAACUGAGGCAGAGUUGGGGGGGGGUCCAUCUUCUUCUUUCCCUGUCUACUGAUGGGACUCCCCCCCCCUCACUCUCUGAGCUUUGAGGGUUGAGAACAUGGAGGGAAGGCUCUGUAUUGGUCCCCAUCAUCUGAGGCCCAAGGGCCUAUCUGCAGCAGAAGUGGCAUUCAGUGCCCACUAACCAUGGGUAACCCCAUCCCAGUACUGCCCUUUGGAAGCAGACUGUAGAGAAACUUGUUAGAAGAUCCAGGCCUAACCUCUUUUCUGACCUGCUUGAGAAAGCGGAAGGGGAUGUCAGCAUUUACCAGUUUGCUUGUCUUCCAUUCCUGCCAGGAAAUGUUGAUUUGCCUCUAAUUGGACCUGAGAGACCUCAGGGAGGUUGGGGCUCACUGAGGGGUUGGCUGAGGAUGUGUAAAGCAAAGGCUAUGAGAAGCAGCUGGGAGUUUGUUGUUGUUGGAUUGAAUUCCCCCCCCCCUUUUUUUUUUUUUGUUUCUCACCCAUAACUUGAGCCAGGACAGCAGGUCCCAGUGGCUGCGGUAAUGGGUGUAAUAGCUGCCGGACUCUUCGUAGGCCUGGCACCAGUGGAGGUAGAUACUGAAACUGCUGCCAAAUAACUUGUGAGGCUUUAUCCAGUUCUGGUUGACCCUGCACAACUGAAUUGGACCUGCCCUUCAGGUUUUUUGGAGGAAGGGGAUUCUCUUCAAUUUCCAGGGUGUCUUAGGAUCCAAUUCCUCAUGUUAGGGAAGAAGACCAAAGCCCAUAUGUUUUCUUCCUCAUGGAAUUGAGCCUGUCAUUUUCUUGGUUUCCCACAUAUUGGAUAGGAGUGUCACUGAGGCUGCAGUUUCCUCACCUCCACUCCUGAGGAGGUGGCCAUUUGUUCUUGAGCCUCUGGCUCUAGAGGUUCUACCCUUCCAGGGCCCUUCUCCUGCUAGUUACCAGGUAUUACCAGUGAGCUACCAGGUCUGUGGGGGGCCUGAAAGAGGCUCUCUGGAGAAUCCAGGGAAACUGGGAGCCCAGGAGUUGCCCAUCCUUGGUUUCAUCCCUCCCUUGGCUCCUCUCCUUUUUUAGGCCAUAAUUUCCCUGGUGCCAGCUUCUUUUUCUCCUGGGGCCAGCUUCUUUGUCUUUUGGGGCAUCCUUAUCCCUGGGCUCUCUGCUGCAUAUUGGCUGUGCUAGUUUCCAGUAGGCCACUGGCAAGGCCAGUGGGGUCUCUGCAAGCCCUAAGCUGAAGAAAUGAGGGCAGUUUCUGCCUCUAUUCUGGCUUCCCCAAAGCCCUAGGGGUGCAGUCCUUAGAGGAGAGGGUCUACAGAUACCAUAUUUGAAUUCUAUUACUUUAAUAUCUGGAAAGUUAAACUAGUUGAAACUGUCAUCUUGCUUCCCAGUCUAAGCACCCAUGACCCUGGUACAAGCCUUUUCAAGAAAUGGUUCAUUUUGCUUUACACAGUAGAUCUGUUCCAACAGUUCUGUGUAAGCCAGAUGCUAUUUUGCGAUGCAUUUGGACUGCUGACCAUUUAAAAGCAGCCUGUGUGAUUGCUUCUUUUGUAAAGCAAGCAACCUCCCUCUACUUUAGCUGUUUUGACUAUUCAAUUUUCACAUAUUGGGCUUACCCAGAGUGGAGCACACCUUUACAGGGCUGUGGUUGACGCUGGGUAGACAUCUGCAUCUGUGUUGUGUGUGUGGUGUGGCUGACCAGUAGGUGAGUAUUCCUGCGUGCGUGAGUGAAGCCACUCCCAGGCUGGUGCUCUCCUCCUGUGCCCGGUGACUGCCCAGUGGCAGCUCCAGCUGCCCUUCACUCCCACCUGCUGCCAAAGUCCCUGUGCUAAUGGGAUUACAAAUACAAAAAGUGGAAAAAAAUUUUUCGUAAACUUUGUUUUAUAUUAAAAAAAUCCAUUAAGUCUGUGUGUGUUAAACAUGAGGUCCUGCCUCUGUGGCUGUGUUUGAAAAAAUAAAGUUUUAUUAGAAUAAUUCAUUUUCCCAAGCAA